CUCAUCGGUACUGUUCCAAGAAGAUGGAAGCGGUGCUCAGAGCGCUACUGCAGCUGCUGCUGCUGGCGGUGUUGGUGGUCCUGUCAACACAUGCUCAGGGCGGCAAGAGCGACUGCGAGGCGGCUGGCGGGAGAUGUGUUCCCGCCAAAAAAUGUGAAGCUAUGAUGUCAAAAGUUGGCUGCCAGAAGCAAGAUGAAGUCUGCUGCAUCAACACUCCACCACAAGAAAACGAAAAACUGAAGAAAUUCAGAGCCCUAAGAAAAAGAACAGGAAGGAAGACGAAGCAACGCAGGAGAGAUAAGAACAAGAGGGUUAAGGAAGAAUCACUUAAGGCGAACAAGCCUGAACGGAAAGCAAAGAGAGGCGCAGGGAAGGGCGCGGGUGGAGACGCCCGUCCAGAGAGAGGCCGGGGAGGAGGAGGAGAUCAGUACACCUGCGAGGAGAUGGGCGGCUGGUGUGCCUCCAGGAGCACAGACUGCGACAGGAUCAGAGCCCCUGGGUGCUCAAAAGGACAAAAAUGCUGUAAAAGUUCAAGUACAGACAAUGGUGACGGGGACUCACAUGCCUGCACUGUAAACUGCCCUCCAGGACCUCCAGGUCUUCCAGGUUUCUCAGGACCUAAGGGAGUGCCUGGUGAACCAGGUGAACCAGGCAAUCCCGGUAAAGACGGAACUCCUGGUCAUAAAGGUGACUCAGGCAUCGAAGGGCCCAAAGGCAUGACUGGUCCUCCCGGUAAGGAUGGCGCUAAAGGCGCAACCGGCCCUCCAGGUAAAGACGGUGCAUCGUGUAAAGGUGGCAUCAAUGGACAUCCAGGUCAUCCAGGUCUUCCUGGUGCAAGGGGCGUUAAGGGUGAUGAUGGGGUAAAAGGUUCUACUGGUGAUAAAGGAGACCAAGGACUCCCAGGCUCUCAUGGACCUCCAGGUCCAGCAGGACUCCCUGGACAUCACGGGCCUAAAGGGGAUCCAGGACCAAAAGGAGCUGUUGGACCUCACGGAAGAGAGGGAGAUGAUGGACCUCCAGGAUUAAAUGGAGUUGAUGGAUCUCCAGGAGCAAAGGGAGAUACUGGAGCUCCAGGACCAAAAGGAGAUGCUGGAUCUAGUGGACCAAAGGGAAAUUCUGGAUCGAUAGGACCAAAGGGAGAUACUGGAACUCCAGGAAAAAAUGGAGAAGUUGGACCUCCAGGACCUCAUGGGCUUAGGGGACCUCCGGGACCAAGGGGAGCUGAUGGUACUCCAGGAUCAGAUGGAGCUGAUGGACCUGAAGGGCCAAAGGGAGCAGAUGGAUCUCCAGGACAUAAGGGAGACAUUGGGCCUAAAGGAUCAGAAGGACGUGAUGGAUCUCCAGGACCAAAGGGAGAUGCUGGAUCUCCAGGAACGAAGGGAGAUGCGGGACAUCCUGGUAAAAAGGGAGAUAAUGGAAAUCCAGGACCAAAGGGAGAUACUGGACUUCCAGGAGGAAAAGGAGAUGCUGGAUCUCCAGGAACAAAAGGAGAUUCUGGAUCUAAAGGAGCAGAUGGAGAAGAUGGACAUCCGGGAGCAAAGGGAGAUCCUGGAACUCCAGGAAAAAAGGGAGAUUCAGGAUCUUCGGGACCAAAAGGUGAUAUUGGACCAAAAGGAGACACGGGAGAGGAUGGAUCCCAGGGUGAAAAGGGAAAUGAUGGAAUUCCAGGACCAAAAGGACAUCAUGGACCUCCAGGGCCAAAGGGAUCUGAUGGAUCUCCAGGACCAAAGGGAGAUGCUGGAACUCCGGGAAGAAAUGGAACUAAUGGACUUCCAGGGAAAAAUGGAGAUCCUGGACAUCCAGGAGAAAAGGGAGAUAAAGGAUCUCCAGGAGAAAAGGGAGAUACUGGAGAUCAAGGAUUAGAUGGAAUUGAUGGACUUCCAGGACCAAAAGGAAGUGAUGGCUCUCCAGGACCAAAGGGGGAUCAUGGACCUCCAGGACCAAAGGGAGAUCAUGGAUCUCCCGGACCAAAGGGAGACAUAGGUCCUCAUGGAAUACAAGGAGUUCAUGGACCUCCAGGUUCAAAAGGGGAUGAGGGAGCUCCAGGGCCACAGGGAGAUCCUGGGCCUCCAGGACCAGAGGGACGGGAUGGACAUCGAGGACCACGCGGCGCUGAUGGAUUUCCAGGAGGAAAAGGAGAUGCUGGACCUCAAGGAUCAAAAGGAGAUGUUGGGCCUCCAGGACCACCAGGACAUCAUGGACCUCCAGGAUCAAAGGGAGCCGAUGGAUCUACAGGACCAAAGGGAGCUGACGGAUCUCCAGGAGAAAAUGGAGCUGAUGGAACCCCAGGACCAAAGGGAGAUACAGGAGCUCGAGGACCACACGGAGCUGAUGGGCCUCCAGGACCAAAGGGAGAUCAUGGAUCUCCAGGACCAAAAGGAAAUCAUGGAUAUCCGGGACCAAAGGGAGAUGAUGGAUCUCCAGGACCAAAGGGAGAUGAUGGAUCUCCAGGACCACAUGGCGCUCAUGGACUUCCAGGACCAAAGGGAGAUCAUGGACUUCCAGGACCACCAGGAGCUCAUGGAAAUACCGGACUACCUGGACCUCAUGGAAGUAAGGGAGCAAAGGGAGAUGAUGGAAGUCCAGGAGAAAAAGGAGAUACUGGAUCGCCAGGAUCACAUGGAAGGAAUGGGCAUCCAGGGCCAAAGGGAGAUCCUGGAACUGCAGGAUCAGAGGGAGAGGCUGGCCCUCCUGGACCAAAGGGAGCUGAUGGACAUCCAGGUAAAAAUGGAGCUAAUGGAAAUCCUGGAACAAAGGGAGAGCCUGGGUCGCCAGGAGCACAUGGAAAGGAUGGGCAUCCAGGGCCAAAAGGAGAUCCUGGAACUCCAGGAUCACAGGGAGAGGAUGGCCCCCCAGGACCAAAAGGAGAUGAUGGACUUCCAGGUCCUCCAGGACAUCCUGGAUCUCCAGGACCAAAAGGAGAUAUUGGACAUCAUGGCCCAAAGGGAGAUGAAGGACGUACAGGACCACAGGGGGAUACUGGACCUUCAGGAUCAAAGGGAAACACUGGACCUCCAGGACCAAAGGGAACAGAUGGUUCUCCAGGAACAAAAGGAGAUCCUGGACCUCCAGGACCAAAGGGACCUCAUGGACAUCCAGGUUCAGAUGGAGGCGAUGGGCCUCCAGGACCAAAGGGAUCUGAUGGUCCUCCUGGACCAAAGGGACAUGCAGGACCUCCAGGAGAAAAGGGAGCUAAUGGAUCUCAGGGACCAAAGGGAAGCGAUGGACGUCCUGGACCAAGGGGAUCUGAUGGAUUUCCAGGAACAAAUGGACUUGAUGGUCCUCCAGGACCAAAAGGAUGUAAUGGGUCUAGAGGAUCAACGGGAGCUGAUGGUCCACCAGGACCACCAGGAGGUGAAGGGCCUCCAGGACCAAAGGGUGCUCAUGGACAUCCAGGACAACGAGGACCUCCUGGACCUCCUGGACCUCAAGGAUCACACGGAACUAAUGGACAUCCAGGACCAAAGGGAGAUAUUGGUCCUCCGGGAGAAGGAGUUAAAGGAGAUGCAGGACACCAUGGACCUCCAGGACAUAAAGGAUCAACUGGUGCUGCAGGUCCUCCUGGUCCUCCAGGUCCUCCAGGUGUAUGUUCGUGUAAAUCAGACCAUAAGGGACAUAAUGAGGAUGAGUUCCAAAAGGGACAUGAAGAGGAUGAGUUACAUUAACGUGGCUGAAGAGUUGACACCCAUCCCACACAUCUGAAAAAGAAAAACUGACGAUGUUUCGGUGCGUCCUGGACGGACCGAAACGUUGUCUGUUCGUUUUCAGAUUUGUGGGUUAGGUGCCAAACUGGGUAAUACAAAAUAUGAUGGCAAAAAUGGACUUGAACGAGGAGCGAUCAAAGUCCUGUACUCUGGGUGACUGAACGGUUGUCCUGCAGCCAGGAUGACUGGACGGUUGUCCUGCAGCCAGGAUGACUGGACGGUUGUCCUGCAGCCAGGAUGACUGGACAGUUGUCCUGCAGCCAGGAUGACUGGACAGUUGUCCUGCAGCCAGGAUGACUGGACGGUUGUCCUGCAGCCAGGAUGACUGGACGGUUGUCCUGCAGCCAGGAUGACUGGACGGUUGUCCUGCAGCCAAGGUGACAUGGAAGACUUAAUAAACUAAGAAUGCAGAUAUAUUUUUGUUUAAAAAUACUUUAUAAGAGGCUUUUUUCUGCUCAGGUGAAACCCUUAUUGAAAAAUACUUUUAAUUUAGCUCCUGACUCGAAACAAUUAUAAUUAGGGCAAAGCCCAAGAGCAAGCAGCCCGUCCUCAUCAACAAAGGCCAGUAUUCAUUCCAUGCAGCCGCCAAACCCCGUGUUAAUGAAUUAAAGCGCUUUUCACACGACUUACAACUGAUAACGUUCGAACAGUUUUAAAACAGUGCUUCACAAACGCCCCCUGUUCGAAUCACAACGCUGUAAAUGCUUCACCCACGUACUACAAAUACAAAUAAUUGCCAACAGAACCUAAACGCCUAAUCUAACUUAUGACUUAAUUGGUACAAUAUGCAAAUAUUUAAUAAUAUGAUUAUGUAUCUAGGAAAAUUCUAAAUUUUGGAUGAACAGCAUGUUAAAAAUUUAUGAAUGCGUCUUUGGGGUCGGAUGCUGGAUGGAAUGAACAUAGCGUGAGGACGGGUUUCAUAACCAUCCCGCCCUCGAAAUACUGACCAUAAGCUCUUCAAUCUAGCAGCCGUUUACCAUGUUUCCGAACCGCACUUUACACAAGAUAUAACUGAUUAUAUUCACUUUUUUGGAAAAGUGCUUCAUUUCAAUGUCUUCCUAUAUCGCCCUUAAAUCAACAACAUUUUUAUUAUGUAUAUUAGACAAAUACUUUUCUCUCUAAAUGCUUUAUCCGAGUACUUUUAAUGCAAAUAAUCGCCAACGGGACUUAAUCAUGACCUAACUAUUCACAAAACCAUUAACGAUAUUAAUUUAAAUGCGAUAAAUUAGCUCUAUUUUUAUUGCAGACCAACAAAAUGCUGGAAGGCCGCAGCUUGAUGGCACAUGGCUUGAGAAUAGUUUGCAUAUAGUAAAGUAACCAAUUGUCAAAACACUGGCCCAUGUGUUCGCUGAUUAAAAUACACUUUAUUGACUUUUCUUCGAGCUGUGGCCAUCCCCAAUACACGUUUUAAAGCUUUUCCGUACUGUGUGCUAAUUUUUUUGUUUUUAUUUGUGUAUAGUGAGGCCUAGGAUAAACUAGAUUAAGUGAAGUUAGGCCUAGAAUAGGUUUGGCUAGGUGUUGUUGGGGUCUGUUGAUAAUCGCAAGUGUUUACAGAACAUGAGAGGAGCAUUAAGCGCUGUACUUCGAACGCAGGGAGUAAACAAAGCCAAUGUCUCCAGUUCCUAGUAUAAUUUACGAUUUAGUUCCUUUACGAGUUUACGAUUUAGUCAUAUAGACAGAUUACAAUCUAAAAUAAUCGCUUGUAAGUCAUGUAUGUAUUGUUUUUCAUUCAUAAACAGAAUCCUUUAUUGAUUAGCGAACAUUUACUUAGACCUACACGUGCAUUGUAUAUGUUGGUAUUAUGCCUAUCAGGUGAUAUAUAUAAGCUGAUUUAUCCACAUAUUAUGUUUUGUGAGUUGUUAUAUCACAUGACACUUCGACUAAUUCACCUAUUGCUGUCACUUUUUUUUAUGAGUUUGUUUUUGCCAAAUUAAACAUAUUGUGCUCAUAGAUAACUAGUGUGCAUACAGUUUGUGAGUACAUAUCUAUACACUUA